UUUCUUUCUUUCAACUUUCUCUCUUACACAUUCUCUGUAUACCCUGUCUACUCCGUACCUCUCUACCUGUCUACCUGUUUACCCCUCCUAUAUCCGCUCCUAUCCUUACCCCACUACACAACGACACCAUGGCUGCCCCCACCGACGUCACGAUGAAGAACCUCGCCGGAGAGUGGGUGAUGGAUAAAACCAUCUCCAACCCUACCGAGCCCGUCCUCGCCCUGCAAGGUAUGGGCUGGAUGACCCGCAAAGCCCUCAACAUGGCCACCAUCACCCUCAACGUCAAGCACGCCGUCCCCGACCCCGCCAAGCCCACCGUCCACCAGAUCGACAUCGCUCAGUCCCUAACGGGCGGCAUCCCCGGCACCUCCGAGACCCGCAUCACGGACUGGGAGAAGCGUCUGCACGAGGACCACGUCUUCGGCAAGCUCGACGGCCAGUCGCGCUACCUGCGCGGCUCGUCCGUCGACGGCAAGGUGCGCCCUGCUGUUGUCGUCAACACCAAGGUUGAUGACGCCGUGCUCGCCGAGAAGGUCUCGCGCUUCCUGCGCGGCGAGAUCCUCGCUGAUGGCGCUGAGACGGAGGGGUUCCUUGUUGAGACUGAGGCGGCGGAGGAGUUUGGAGAGGGUGAGGGCCUUUGGUUGCAGAGCUUUGUCGUGAAUGAGGAGAAGAAGUGGACGGCGGAGCAGGUCUGGGGCUUCGAGAACAUCAACGGCCAGCGUCUCCACUGCCGUCGCGUGGUCGUCGCCAAGGAUGGCAAGUGCGAGAUGGCGCGACUUGUCUAUAGCUUCAGCAAGAAGGCCUAGACGAGUGGGGUUUGUAAA